AUGGCCUCCUCAACUGAUACCGAUGAAGUCCAAUACUGCGAAUUGGAAAAUUUCACCUUCCAAAAUGGCGUCACUCUCCCAAACAUCCGCGUGGCAUAUCGGGAUUUCAACCCAACUGGACUAAAGACCGCUCUGGUUCCAACAUGCUUCCGAGGAACAAUCAACACCACGCUCAACUUCACCAAGGGUGUUUUGAAAAAUCACCGAGUGGUUGUGGUCGCACUAUUCGGCAAUGGAGAAUCUGCGAGUCCGUCUAACACUCCCAACUUCCCUGCCAUCCUCGACUACCAAGACUGCGUCCGAGCUCAGCAGAUCUUAGUCAAAGAGCAUUUAAAAAUCGAGUCGCUGGAUGUGGUACUGGGAUUCUCCAUGGGAGGCCAAUGCACCUAUCAUUGGAUAGCGAUGUAUCCGCAAAUGGUCCGACAUGCGGUCAUUAUAUGUUCAUCAGCUAGAACAAGUCUACACAAUUAUCAGUUCUUGGAAGGGCCUAAGGCCGCAUUACUACAUUCCGUCGACUACAACGACAAGAGCCUUCUUGCUAAGGGUAUCGCGCCAGUACGCGGCCUGCGGGCCUUUGGAAAAGCUUAUUCUGCGUGGCUGACAAGUGCAGAAUGGUUCGAUGAGCGUCUUUUCGAAGAGUUUGGCUUCAAGACUCUUGAUGAUUGGUCAGAGGCUGGUGCAAAGGGUUAUGAUAACUGGCAUCCCGAUGACCUGCUGGUCAUGUUAGGGAUGUGGCAGCGAUCGGACCUUAGUCUCGUUGGAGAUGGAAAGAAAACCCUGAAGGAUGCUCUAUGUGCUUUGAAUGCCAGAGUACUUCUAAUACCCUGUCAGACCGACCAAUACUUUAAAUGGGAAGCUAGCCAGAAAGAGGUCCAGGAUCUGAAAUUCGGCGAGCUGGCGGUAAUCCCAUCGAUCUGGGGUCAUAUUGGUGGAGGUGGUGCCAACCCGAAGGAUACCGAGUGGAUGGAUAGCAAAAUAUCUGCAUUUUUGCGCAGCGAUCACUGA